AUGAAAGGGAAUGAGGGACGACAAGAAUUCUUCUUCGUAGACGAAACAUCGUCGAAGAAGGGUAAACGAUCACAUGUGAUGAAGCAUCAUGUACGGGAGAAGCGGAAAGGGAGCCAUGGGCAACUAUCUAUCUCGCACGAGCAGCAUGCUCUUAACGCGGCCAACCAGCCUGGCGGAAAGCGGGUAAUCGCGCCUUUAUCCAAGUCUAUGAUAAAACCUGCGUCUACGCUUACAUCAGAUUCGAACUCGGCGAGGAUAUUGCUGUGGCUGAACGGACGGGAGGGCCAGGCAGGCGGUGAAGAGAAGGAGGAGCGGUCAGGAUCAGCCUCAUCCACGCCAAUAUCUACUUACCCACAGCCUGUUAAUGCCAUGAACCUCCGAGUUCAGCCUGGCGUAGGCACACUGGACCCCUUCGACACAUUCCCACUACGGCAGAGCCGUGAAGUGCAGAAGCUAGCGGACAUAUGGACAUCAAAACUGGCAUACUGGUCGGGGCAGAACCGGCAUCUGAAGACAUGUGUCUUUCAGAAGACGGGGACGGAGACCUCACGCGCCUAUAUUGCUGAAGCACAGCGGCUACUGGAUGGUGAGCUGCAAAAGGAGAGGAGAAGGAAAGAGGCUGAUAAUGACUGGAGCAAUGGGAAUAUUACCAUGGCGAUGGCAUCGUUGUCCGUGCAAGAGGAUCGGUAUGGGGUCCCCGGACAGGGGUGGCCGUACCUUGAAGAAGCGCUGAACAGGCUUCGGAUAGAGACGAGGAAGCGGGCCAAGAAACGACAGCAGAGGGACUGGGGCGUGGAAGACACAUGUACACAUUAUGUACGGCUCAUCCGGGGUCCUGGGGAACGGACGCCACGGCUAGCCUUGACGCCGGGCGAGGGCGAUAGCCUCGUCUCCUUCCUACGCCAUGCAGAGUCCCUCCGGCCACCGCCAUCGCCCGAUACGAGCGGAGAGGGAGGAGAAAAGGCAGGGAAGUACCUUGACGCCUUUCGGUUCCACAGCCCGCUUCACCUCAUUUUGGCAUCAGGGCCGAUUCCGACGCAGGUUCCGCACCAUGAGCGCCGGUAUGUGAUCCAGUCCACGACGAUCGGCUACCAGAGCCGCAUCGCAUCGCUGAUGUACAUCGUGGCGGCACUGCUCGACCUGAAGGAAGAAGAUAAACGCGCCCGCUUCAUCAACGGCCUGGCGAUGAAGGUGGUGGAGCAUGGGCUGGACCGGGAGCGGUCUGCCCAAACGCUGCUGUGGAUCCUGCUGGAAGAGGGCUGGCACGAGGACUUACGGAAUGGCCACCGGGCAUGGUUUGUGGGAGAUCUGAUGGUGGCCGUGAACGCACUGGGGGAGACGCUGCAGUUCCUCUUUGGGGAGGUGUUGCUGCGUAUCCUGAUGGGGAGACAGGCCGACCUGGAGAUAUCGUCAGAGCGCUUCGAGCGUGAAGUCCGCAUGGCGCUGUCGAGUAAUCAGUCUACUCGACCUCCCAUAUAG